ACAUUGGCAAGUGCACAGGGAACUCGUGUUCAUGUAAUAGCAAGGUAACAAAAACAACCGCUUAGCAAACUUGGAAGGCAGUUGUCGAGCCGAUAAGAGUGGGCACGUAAAAGGACGCUACAAACAAUAGUUUUCUCUUUCAAGGGAUUAAGAAAGAUAAUUACCAGAAGGCUAGCUACAGAUCCAAACCCAAUCAAGUUAAGUUAUUGAUGUAAAUAUAUAUAUGCAUUCUUUAUGUUCUAUAAAUUCUAUAGUUUCUCUCUUCCUAUCACAAGACAAUUCAGAUCAAUGGCUGCUCUCAAAGUUGUUUUGUUUUUUAUUUACGCUAUGAUGAUUAUGCUUAAAGAGCAUCGAGCAAUCGGGGCAUUAUCAGUUGACACGCUAAAACUGAUAAGUGAAGUGAACGACGACGGCCCUUAUCUUGGUUUGGUCAUUCCAAACCCUUAUGAGAUGAACCCUCUUCUUCAAUCUCCAAACUUCACUGCUACCAAUCUCACCAUUGAUUUUUCUGGGAGGAGAUUUCGUUUUGGAACCAUUGGUGAAAGAAAAGUGAUUUUGGUCAUGACAGGACUAAGCUUGAUAAAUGCAGGCAUAACUACACAACUUUUGAUAAGCUUUUUCAACAUAGAAGGAGUAGUGCACUAUGGAAUAGCUGGAAAUGCAAAUCCAUCUCUUAAUAUAGGAGAUGUCACUAUUCCAAGAUAUUGGGCACAUACAGGUCUUUGGAACUGGCAGAGGUAUGGAAAGGGUCCAGAAGAUGAGCUACGCCUGGAAGCAAAUGGUGACUAUACAAGGGAGUUUGGGUAUAUAAAAUUUGCUAACUACACAGUAAACGUAACAGGAUGCAGCUCCUAUGAUAACUUAUUGAACAAUGUUUGGUACCAGCCAGAAGAAGUAUUUCCAGUAGAUGGAACACCUGAGGAAAGGGAACAUGUCUUUUGGGUUUCUGUUGAUCCCUAUUACUUCCAAGUUUCUCUAAGUCUUCUGGACAUGAAACUGGAAGGCUGCUUGAAUUCAACAACAUGUUUAUCCUCGACUCCGAAGGUGGUGACAGUGGAAAGAGGAACAAGUGCCAGCAUAUUCCUGGACAAUUCUGCUUAUCGUAGCUUCUUAUAUGAUAAACUCAACAUUAGCACGGUUGACAUGGAAACUGCAGCAGUUGCUUUAAUAUGUCUGCAGCAAAAGAUGCCUUUUAUCGCUAUUAGGGCUUUAUCAGGCGGACGUAAUUCUGCUGCGCAGUCCAAUAGUGAGGCUGACAUAUUCACCUCCCUAGUUGCCGAUAAUUCAGUUGCUGUUGUUUUGGAAUUCAUCAAGCGUUUGCCAUUGGGAUACCGCUAGCUUCAUUUCCAGGAGAGGUGGAUUAUACAAUAUGGAGUCAGUUCUUAAAUAAGCUCUCUCUUGUUUAUUGCUAAGAAGCAAGACAUUGAUUUACGGUUUUCUCCUGGAGAUUUUCCCAGCAAAACCAUCAUUGCCAUUAAUAUACUAAUCAAUAAAAUGCAAUUUGUCAAGAA